ACCCUUCCGGGUUUUAGAAACUUUGUGGUUAGAGGGUCCAAGGCCGUUCUAUUCAUAAUAUUUCUAUGGUAGCAAUGUGUGGAAGUGGGUGGUGCCAGAACAUUGUUGAUUUUUGCAAAUUAAACUGUAGUUAAUGUAGCCAGUCAACACGAGUAAUUUUCCGUUGCAAUCAAAGAGCAAAAUAUAUAGCCGACAGUAUGGCCACACUGAGAAGUAAGUCUGACCAAGAAAUCAGGGAACUGUUGGACGAGUAUGAAAUUAAGCACGGACCUAUCGUUGACACUACAAGGCCCCUGUAUGAGAAGAAGCUAAAAGAGGCCAUGGCCAAAGACAAGAAAGUCACAAAACCAUCCUCAGACAAAACCUUCUACAGAGAAGAGCAGGAAGAAGUCACUUAUGUUACCUAUCGGACACCAGUUAUAAGUGAAGUGCCUUCAGGAGAUGGAAAACCCUACAUGAGGUCAAGACCAGAGUAUAGUGAGAGGGACUUUGUGGAUGACAAACUCUAUUCAAGAUCAAGACCAGAGUACAGCAGCGGAAGACAAUACGUUGAUGAGCCCCAUGUCUACAACACACCAUCAUACUCCUCUUACUCCAAACCAAUGCCUGUGGUGAAGGCUGGAGGUGUCGUUGUGAAGGAGGAAAUAACAGAGAGCUCUGGGAAACUGGUCCCUCUCUGGAUCCAGUUACUGGUCUUCCUGAUCGUAGCAGGGUUCCUGUACUUCAUAUUUAUCAACAUGGAGUCCGUAGAGAGUAACCCCUUUAACAGAAUCCAAUAAUCACAUUUUUCCAAAAUCUGGGAUGUGUUCAUUAGGCAGAACAUUUUUAAGAAAACAGUCCAAAAUGGGGAAGUACUAAUAAUAAAAUCGCAAAUUUUCCUAUUGGACAACAUUUUUAAAAUGAAUGAAUAUGUCCCAGUGUUCAAAUUUUGACAUAUGUAUUAAGGCAAAUCCCAUGCCUGUCAUUCUUUGUGCUUGUGGUUUAUAUAAAAAAGGUGACUGACAUUGGAUUCUGCCAAAGGAAAGCCAGAACAUUUCCUCCCGUCCAGACUCGUAUUUAGCUACUAGAUGAUGUAUAGUAUUCUUUUAUCAUACAACUAUGUUACCAAAAUAGGGUGCUUCUACUAUGGGUAAUAGUGAUGACACUUUCUCACAGUACUGUCUUCAUCAUCUCCCAAAAAAUGUAGUGUCCACAGCUCAUAGUAAAUACAUUUACAUAUAUAUAUACACUGCUCAAAAAAAUAAAGGGAACACUUAAACAACA